CGGCUCUCUGACAAGUUAAAGUCUAUAAACAUGGUCACUUUGUUUUGCCAUUUCCGCUAAAGCCAAGACAGACCAAAAGUUUACCUCGGUGAACUUAUAGGCAUGGCUUAUUUACCAUUCCGCCCACUUCCUAGGUUCACACGCGAGCUCGUUAACCUUGUGUCUCUCUCAGAAUAAACAACGAGUUGGACAUUUACCACUCUCCGAGUCAUACCUAGCCCGAGACGACCUACCACUCGGAUCGAAUUCGUCAUCUUGAACUUGUCAGAAUGGACCUUUCUUUAGGCCGGAGGAAAGUUUUUUUAUUUCUAUCUGCCUUAUUGACCGCUGUUGGCGUAUUUGGUGACCCGUGCAAAGUCACCCAUCAGGGCAAAGCAACGACGUACAACAUCUUAAACCCUGUCAGCAAUGCAGACUGGGAAUACAGCUGGGCUGAUUCUAAUGGCACUGUACUGGCAACUGACGGAGAUCCCAAUAAUGGAAAUAUAUCCUCAUCUGACUCCUUCCUCACGUUGCCUGGAUGCCUGAAGAAAGUUUGUGUUACAAUUGAUUGCCAUCCGAAGCACCACACAACCUGCUGCCCCACUGACUGCCCUGCUGCACCAGAACCUCAAGAACACAUUGACCCCACAACCAGCAGCCCGGCUCUCGCUGUAGUCUGGACUCCAGAGGGCAUUGCAGGGACUGUGGUCGGGACUGUCGUGGUCAUUGUGGUGGUCAUUGCGUUGGUCAUUGCGGUGGUCAUUGCGGUGGUCAUUGCGUUUGAAAAGAAAAGAAAGAAAAAGGGUUGGUUGGAGCGGAUCAAGGGAGCGUGUUCUUCAAACGAACCACAAAGCGGAAGGGGAGCAGAUGGAAGACCAGAGGUUAUAGCGAUGCUAGACGUUUAGACACGUGACAAGGUUGAGUUCUAUUGGCUGUGGAAGCUGGCAGACUCUUAAUGCUGUACCAGAGUGUGCACUUUGGAGUGAUUUUGGUCCAGUAACACAGAAACGGGAUCAUGUAUAAAUCUGAAUAGGCUGAAUAUUAUAAAUCUAUAAAAAUAUGAAUAUUAUAUUAUUAUAUACUAGACAAAGUAUUAUUAUUAUUAUUAUUAUUAUUAUUAUUAUGAUGAUGAUGAGGCUGGUCAAGUGGAGUGAGUUACAAUGUUCAAAUGAAAACAAUACUAUAAAUCCAGUGUAGAACUGUGAUUGCUGAUCAACAUGGGAGGCAUAUGUAAUGAUGUGGAAGCUGUGGAAGCUCUUCAUGCUGCACCAGGGCGUGCACUUUGGAGUCACGUGUAUAUGAAUGAAUCUUAUUAUCGAAUUGAAUUUUGUACUCUCUUUCUCUCGAAUAUUGCAUUUAAUUUACGACUAUGGACUUAAAAAAAAUCAAUAUAUACAGUAUCUAUAAGUUAUACAAAAAUUCUACAAUUUAUUUCAAACUCUAGGCCUAUAUACUCACAUAUAUAUAUAUUUUAACAGGAUCAAGACAAUAAACCCUAUUAGAUAUAAAUGCA